UAGGUCGGGGCACUGAGCCCCCCGCCCACUCCCCCGCGGCGCCCCCCGGGGCCUGCCCCGCCCCCCCCCGGCAGGAUGAUGUGCGAAGUGAUGCCCACCAUCAGCGAGGACAGCCGCCGGGGCUCGGCCUACGGGCCGGAGGACGCCAACUUCGAGCAGCUGAUGGUCAACAUGCUGACGGAGCGGGAGCGGCUGCUGGAGACGCUGCGGGACACGCAGGACAGCCUGGGCACGGCCCAGCUCCGGCUCCGCGAGCUGGCCCACGAGAAGGAGUCGCUGCAGAGACAGCUGAGCAUCGCCCUGCCCCAGGAGUUUGCGGCGCUGACCAAGGAGCUGAACGCCUGCCGGGAGCAGUUGCUGGAGCGGGAGGAGGAGAUUUUGGAGCUGAAAGCUGAGCGCAACAACACGCGGGUGAGGGGUCCCCCUGACCGGGGUCCGUCUGUCCGUCCCCGUGUGCCUUUCUGGA